AGUCGGCGGGCGGCGGUACGCGCGAGAAGACGCCGUGGCUUCGCAGCAGCUGUAGGGGGCUGUACGUGCUCGCUCCGGCGCGUCCGACCGCGGCGCGCUCCGGCCCAGAGCAACUGCACUCGCAGCAACUUGCUAGUCACCACAUUCCCCCUGGAACAAUCCUGAAUACAUGGCGUCUCAGGCGGCGUUCCACUAGCAUCAACCCUCUCUCGCUAAAUUUAUCUUCAUAACCACCCAUCGUCGGAUAAAAUCCGUGGAGUUCGGUUUUACAGUUUAAUUCAAUGUAUGUUAAAAAUUAAUGCUCCGUAACACUUGACGCUAUAAGUUGGACAUUCGCCUGAGCAAAGUUGUGGAACGCUCGUAUAUAUACACUCCCUACUGUGAUUUCUUUCUAAAAUUUUGCCGAAAAAAAUAGGUUUGCACACCUUUGUUCAGUAUUGCUUUCAGUUUUCUGUCCCCCUUCCCCUUCGUCUUCGACGCGUCAAUGUAAACAAUUAUCUGCUUGUAUAUUCACACUCACCACACGUGUCCGUUUUUAAGCGAAUGAUGUCAAAUCCCUCGUGAAGUGUCUCUACGAAAUGAAAAUUUUCCGUCGUUCCAGAAGACUUCAGUUAAAUCCUUUAGCUACCUGCUGUUUUCGAUUUUCGACCUUAAAUUCGGACCGGUGCUGAGAACGGCGUUGCAUCAUGGGAGGUUCCAUUGCGCGAUGAGGUGGAGAGAUGUGAUGGAGAUCCUCAUUGUGGUCUUCUUCAUCGAAAUAAUGUGCAUCAUAUUUGUGGAGGCAGUGAACCCAGGCUGCGAGUGCCACGUGUUCAGCAGCACGUACGGCAAGGAGCACGGAGUGUUCAGCAGUCCCGACUACCCGCAGCCGUACCGCGACAACAUCAGCUGCCUGCUGUACACGUUCGCCGCCAACGCCUCCGAUAUCGUCGAGAUCUCCUUCAAGGACUUCGACGUACAGAAAGCGCCCACCGGGUGCCUGGCCGGGGACUUCGUGCGGCUGUACCUGCACCUGCAGAGGCCGCAGGUGAACGAGCGCUCGCCCUGGUCGCGGGUGCUGUGCGGCGGCUACUCCGAGGUGCCGCACGUGCACUUCUCGUCGGGCCCGGCCGCCGUCGUCGAGUUCCACUCGGACCACCGGCCCGGCCGCGCGGCGGGCUUCGCCGGCCGCUUCCGCUUCCUGGACCGCCGGAUGUUCCAGACUGACGGGCAGAAGGUUGCCGGCACAGCUUGCGACCACCAGUUCACCAGCAGCAACCACUCGGCGGCGGGUGGCCGCUUCUACUCGCCGCGCUACCCCGCCAGCUACCCCAGGACCACCAAGUGCAACUACAGGUUCCGCGGCAGGUUAAAAGAGAGAGUGCGGAUCGUUUUUGAAGAAGUAUCCUUGCAGAAUGGCGACAUCAGCUGCCUGAACAGCGCCGACGUCAUCAAGGUGUUCGCCGGGCGGGACGAGGAGGAGGAGGCGGAGGACGACGGCCGGCGGCGGGUCGUGGCCUUCCUCUGCAACGAGGCGGCCGGCGUGGAGGUGCUGUCCACGGGGCAACACCUGCACGUGCUGUUCGUGGCCAACUCGCAGCAGCCCGGCCGCGGCUUCAAGGCCGCCUACCAGUUCCAGCCCGCCUCCGGAGGAUUCGAAGAGGACAACAACCAUUUAGAAAGAGUGUCGCCUCACCACAGAUACUCCACUGAUCUUGGGCCUGCUGUUAGCGCUACCACGUCCAGCUGCGACGUGGCGCUGAGCAGUGACGCGCGCAAGAACGGCAGCGUGGCGUCGCCGCUGCACCCCAAGCCCUACCCGCCGGGCAGCUACUGCCAGUACGACUUCCAGGGCCGCGGCGCGGAGCGGGUGCGCGUCGUCUUCACCCACUUCGACCUGUACCUGGCCGGCGGCGGCGACCAGUGCGACAGCACCGACUCGCUGGUCGCCUUCUCGCUGGUCGGCGGCCGCAAGGAGAAGCUGCGCAGCUUCUGCGGCACGCAGCUGCCUCCCCCCGUCAUGUCCAGCGGGCCGCGGCUGCUGCUCGAGUUCCGCGGCAUCUACUCCUCGCGCUACUCCACCGGCUUCCGCGCCGCCUACAGCUUCCUCGCCGACUACGGCGUGACCAGCGGCCAGCAGCUGGCCGAGUUCCCCUGCGCCUUCGCCUUCGAGAGCAACGAGUCGCUGGCCGGCUCCUUCGCCAGCCCCAACUACCCGGGCCACUACCCGCGCGACACCGAGUGCCACUACUUCUUCCACGGCGCGCCGCAGCUCGUGGUGCGCCUGCACUUCGACUACUUCGACGUGGAGGGCGUCCCGCCAUGCGAGGCGGCGUCCGCCAGCGACUACGUGGAGUUCUCCAACUACAUGGGCCGCGACCGCCGCCACCAGAGGCACUGCGGCCAGCGGCUCGCCUUCGACGUGCGCUCCGACCGCAACUUCUUCAGGGUGACGCUGCGCUCCAACGACCGGCUGGACGGCACCGGCUUCCACGCCAGCUACCGCUUCGUGGACAAGCACUCCCCGCCCGCCACCACGCCCCGGCUCGCCGGCUCCUCCGCGCCCGCAGGUCACAUCCGGGCAGUGAACAUUAUGAUUAUAAUGACAGUGACUCGUUUGAGAUGGUGAAGAUUGUGUGGUGGAAAUUAACAUAUGUACAUUUCAUCUACAGCUUGUUCGAGAUUACGUCUGCGUAUUUAAUGCAAACUGGACCUUUGUGUGCGAAAAUAAGGCUAUUGUGUGAGUGGACUUUUUCAACUAUGGAAAGUUGUACAAACAAUUAGUACAUCAUGCAAGAAAUCAAUGCGUACUGUUUAUUGCUAAGCUGUGCACAUCCAUGAAGUGAUACAGUACUCUAACAAAAAGAAGACAUUGAAACGUCAUGUUCUAGUGUCAGAAUAAAUUUUAAUAAAUAUAAGUAUUUUUCUUCCGCACAGUGAACCAGUCAAAAGUACAAAAGUAUUUUAAAGAUUAGAUGAAAUGACGUACUACAUUACUUACUAUAUAGAGCGACCAAAUAUACUAUUGUACAUUUGUUAUUAUAGCUAUCAAUAAAACACGAUCUAAAGAUAAGUGUACUAAAAAUAAAUAUGCAUAAAUUAUUUUGUAAAUUUACCACCAAUGUAAAAAAAGGUUUGUAAAUAAAUAGCCUGUAAAUUGUAGCAUGUAUGCUAAGUAGUAGUUGUGUUGUCAUACAUGUACCUAGUUGUUUUAGAAUAACAGUUUUUGGCUAAUACAAUUCUUUUAAUUUUUUUGCUUGUGAAUUAUUGAAAAUAAUGUAUAGAUGCUGGUAACGUGUUAGGUUACAGUUGCAUGUCGUUUAUUAUUAUUUAUUAUUAUCCUGAAUUAAACUCGUGCAUCCACACGUCAAGUUAUUCAUGUUUUAAAUUAAACUUUAUGUAAGAUUUCAAAAAAUAUAUAUAUAUUAUUUCAUGUGUGCAUUUUAGAUCAAAAUAUUUUUCAAACAUUGUCUAGAUGAAGUGUACUUCCAUGAGUAAGCCAGUGAAUGUGUAAAGAAUUUGUAUAAAUUCUCCCUAAGGACAACUUUUUAUAUUUUUUUAACCAUUCUAAAAAUGCAUUUCUUGCAUUAUUUUAAAUAUUGUCGUAAUUGUUUACAUUAGUGAAUGGUUGAAUAAACCAUUUUAUGUGU